GGCAGUGCUGGUUGUAAAGGUAAUGUCAGCUCAUGACAAAGGCUCCCACGCCGAGGUGGAGGUCAAAGUGAAGAAGGUCUUGUACCAGAGUCGUCAGAUGAAGAUCCAGAGGAGAAGCAUCACCCUCUACCCAGAGUCCUGGACCACCCAAGGCUGCACAUGUCCCAUCCUCAACCCAGGAUCAGAAUACGUGGUGGCGGGACACGAGGACUGGAAGACCGGCCGACUGCUGGUCAACACCAAGAGCUUCGUUAAACCGUGGAAGUCGAACCUGGUUCGCAAAUUCCUCCACAUCCUCAGGAAAGACUGCGGCCGCCGAUAGGGCGUUGGCGAGGAGCGGACUGGAGAAAUGGACAGAGGGAUGGAGGGGAUCAGCUGUGAUGCACAGAAGAUUUUCUGGAUAAGGGUAAAUAAUGGGCAAGAUAAAAACAGGAGGUAUCUGAAUUUUGCUUGGACACUAAAGUGAAAGUAAAAGUCACAACAACAGAACACUACAAUGCUGUGCAUGUUGGAGAAUGAAAUAAUAUGAAAUAAGUACAAACUGGAUUCAGUUACAUCACCUGCAUUCGCUCAAGGAUCCAAGAGAACAUUACAUUACCUUCGUCCAGACAAAGCUGAUCCUAGAAUUUCAGUUGUGAGUUAAUAAUGUCUCAGCUCAUCUGUCCACCUUAUUUAUACAGCAGUAAUGAGUGCAUGUAAAUUACUCUGUUAUGCUUAAUUUACUGGGCGAAGAAGCUGUCAGAGUUAAUGAGUCUAAAUCAUCACGUCCUGCUGUAUCUAUUUCAGUUUGGAAUCUUGCAAAGAUGCCCAGACUGAAUCCUCCUUGUCGCCUCACACACAUUGGUGAUAAAUCAUGGGUCAUCAUCAGAAUCUGUGUGUGUAUAUGUGUGUGAACGUGGACGUGCGCAUAUGCUCGACGUCUUUGGCAGCGGCUCUGGGACAUUGCAAGUCCAAACAAGUAACUCCUGGAUGAAAAAAACAGCAUUAGAGGAAUCAAGCGGCUUAAUGUGAACAGCUCUGUUUCUCUGGCACACUCGCCCGCCUGCUGUCCGACAAGAGAGAGAACACACACCUCUGCGCCCUCUCUGGUCUCUGCAGCACAGAUGAGCGCCUCAAAUGCUUUAGGAUUGAGUUUGCUCUAACGGCUGGUUCAGCUACAAGAGUGGAUCAUUGUCAGGUCGCUUGAGUCAGACUCGAUUCUGUGGAGGAUUUUUUACUGUCCUCAAAAGACCUACUUCUCUGUGAGGAGGCCUCUCCUGACCUGACUCUGUGGGAGCCAGAGAGUACACUCUAUCUUAACAUAUGUUCCUCUAUUCGGCCUGUGACUCUCGCUGCCCCCAAAAUAAAUAUGUAUUAAAAGCCUGUGUGCUUGUUGACAUCACACUGUAUCUGAUACAGAGUCCACAGGCCAUUUUGUUUAGCUGGGUCUGGAUAAGAAUAGGCCCGCUCCGUUGUCUCCAAGGAGACUUACAAACUGCGUGAGGAGACAUGAUGCAUUCCUCAGUCAUUACAUCACCGCCGAUGUCCUUGUCCCAAAGUCUUUACCAAAAUAAGAGAAAAUGAGCAGGAAACGUUUUUUUUCUCAUAAAGGACCAAGUGGUGAUUUAGGGUGCACCUAGCAUCAAUGUCACAUUUCUUAUGCUAUUUCUGUGUGUCCUAUAUGUAUUUUUUAAUCAAAUCUGCAUAAACUCUGUCAGUGAGCUCAUUCUUAAUGCUUUUGGGAAAUGUCUCUUUCAUUCCAUGGUCACAUUAUGCUGAAGCAUGAGGUUAUGAAUAGCCUGUAACGUCUGAGUAGGAGGUCGCGGACUCAUGUUUGACCCAUGUUUUAGUACCGCCCUCCUUUGGUUGAAAGAGAGAAAUACACUAUGACGUGAUUUGA